AGGCUUGGUGGGGCCAGGUGCUUGUUCAAGUGGAAAAGCGGAGCUGUCUCAUUGCUUAGGGCAGAGGGGUUUGUAGCAGGGAAGGGGGCUAUAUGGCACCCCCCCACCCCCCACUCCCGCCACCAACCUUACAUAAGUAACUUGAAUAAAGAGUGGCAGAGCCAGACUUGAAAUCCAGGUGCUAUAAUUCCAGAGCUUCUUCGCUUAAGAGGAUCCACUACAUUAGUCUGCACUUUUUCUGCUACCAUGGAAACCAUGCAAAGAAUGGAACAGAGCACAGCUGGCCUUGCUGUGCCCCAGCCUGCUGUUCUACGCUCAUAUUUCUGGAAAGAGUUGCGAGAGAAGUUCUUGAAGGGGAAACCCAAAGUCCUUGGGAUCGUGCAGAUUCUGAUUUCCCUGGUGAAUCUCAGCUUGGGAAUAAUAAUGAUGAGUGUCACCAUGCCAUGUUAUACAUUUUUAUGUCCCCUUUCAGUGUACAUUGGAUACACAAUUUGGGGGUCAGUGAUGUUUAUUCUUUCAGGAUCUCUGUCAAUUGUAGCAGAGAAAAGAACUACAAAAGGUCUGGUCCGAGGUAGCCUUGGACUGAACAUCACCAGCUCUGUCUUGGCUUUCUCAGGGGUCGUAAUCAGCGCAGUCAGUGCGAGUAUCUAUUCGUUCCAUUACACUUACUGUAACUACAGUCAGACGAUGGAAAACUGUCCCAUGUACAUGUCCAUUUUAAUGGGUAUGGAUGCCACAGUGGCUGUCUUAAGUAUGCUGGAAUUCUGCAUUGCUGUGUCCCUCUCUGCCUUUGGAUGCCAAGUCAUGUGUUGUAGCCCCGGUGGGGUUGUGUUAAUUGUGCCAUCCAGUCCUCACAUGGCAGAAGCAGCAUCUCCUGCACCAUUGAACGAAGGCUUGACGCCACCAACAGAUCAAUAGAAAAAUGUUCCAGAAAAUCUAUGCUGAUUGCAAUGCAAGAACCCCAUAUGUGAAAGUACCAGGAUCCAACUCUGAUAUAUGUAUAUAUAAUAUAUGAAAAAUCCAAUUCAGAAAUAUAUAUGCAUGCGUAGAUAUAAAUAUACACAAAAAAUUCAAAAUCAUAUUUUUAUUUUUUCUCAAGAACUCAAUAACUCAUUUUAGUGGCUCUUUAUCAGAGUAUUAGAAAUUAAAUAAAUAAAUCAUGCAUUUAA